AUGGUUGAGGUACCUCGCCAUGAGUCACCAGGCGAGGAGUCAUCAGGCGAGUCGUCAUCCGGCGAUGAGUCAUCCGGUGAUGAGUCAUCCGGCGAUGAGUCAUCCGACGAGGAGUCAUCCGGCGAGGAGGGGUCAUAUGACGAGGAUAGUAUUCCUCCUCCUGAUGUUGAUGCUGAUGUCGUGCCAGAGGCACAGGGUGGCGAGGAGGACCUGAUCCAGAGGUUGCCGCCGUUUCCGGGGGGGCCUGUUGAUCUGUCGCUUCUCACGCAUUAUGCUGAUCACAAGGCUCCCUGGACGUGGCAUGCACUCCUACGCACAGACGAGCGGUAUGUGGACCGUCGACACUUGAGGGUGGCCACAGCUGGGGGGAAGGUUUGGAACCUUGCUUGUGAUGGUGAUUCAGACAGUCACAGGAGGGUUCGAGAGUUGAUUGAGCAGACGGGUCUUCAUCAGCUACCCUGGUGCAGCUACUCGGAGACAGAUGCAGGCCUCAUUUUGGCCCUUGUGGAGCGAUGGCAUGAGGAGACUAGUAGCUUCCACAUGCCGUUUGGGGAGAUGACCAUCACCCUGGACGACGUGUCGGCUCUUCUCCAUCUCCCCAUGGGGUCGAGGUUCUAUACGCCUGGGAGGGGGGAGAGGGACGAGUGUGCAGCGCUAUGUGCUGAGUUGAUGGGAGGAUCUGUUGCUCGUUAUCAUGCUGAGUUUGAUAAGAACAGGAGCCAGACUAUUCGCUUUGGGGUCUUGCAGACCCUGUAUGAUGCUGCGUUGGAGGAGCACCGAUAUGAGGACGCUGCACGGAUUUGGCUGGUGAACCAGCUAGGCGCGACGCUCUUUGCUAGCAAGAGCGGUGGAUACCACACGACCGUCUACUGGAUAGGUAUGUUGCAGGAUCUCGGUCGAGUGUCCGAGUACGCGUGGGGCGCGAUUGCGCUCGCUACGUUGUACGACCAGCUUGAUCGAGCGUCCAGGAGGGGGACGGCCCAGAUGGGAGGUUUCAGCUCACUCUUGCUAGGAUGGGCCUACGAGUACCUUUCUGAUCGCGUCAUUAUCCGGAGGGCGGAUCCGGAGUACUCGCAGGCCCAGCCUAGGGCGCGGCGGUGGGUUACGUCCCGGGUCGGGCAUGCAGGCCUCGAUGAGAGGCGAGUCAUGCUCGAUGAGCUGACGAUGGAUGACAUUAUAUGGACCCCAUUUGAGGACCAUCGGGCUCAUCGACCACGGGAUCAGAGGGCCAUGUAUUCUGGCUACAUCCGGACGCCAUUUGGCCGUGUUGUUCGACGACAUCUACCAGAGAGGGUUCUGCGCCAGUUUGGCUACAUCCAGGAUGUCCCUCGACACCCCUCCGAGAUCCAGACGACUGGGUCCCUUGCUGAGACCGCAGCCUAUGCUGAUUUUGUGCCGCACCUGCGCCCUCAGGGGAUCCCUGCUACUCAUUCGGGAGAGGCUACGGUUGUGCGUCGGGUCGUGGACUUGUUGGAGCAGUCACUGGAGGUGCCAGAUGCUCUUGCAGUUGGCACGCAUGCCCGAUCCCUCACUGAGAGGGCGCUGGAUCUUAUUAGAUCCAGCGCAUUCAUCGGUACCCAGGGAGUAGCCUUUGCUGCUGUCCGAGGAGCUGGAGCUGCAGGAGGCAGAGGUCAUGGAGGUAGAGCGCGUGGAGGCAGAGCCCGUGGAGGCAGAGCCCGUGGAGAGGACUCUUAUAAUGAAAAAUAA